CUUCCAAACUGAUACGCGGAAGUGUUAAGUCUACGUGGGGUAGUGAGGUUGGUCCGGAGUGCAUGAGAGUGUGUGUGUGUUAGAGUGUGUUUGUUUAGUUCUGUGUGUGUGUGUGUGUGUGUGUGUGUGUGUGAGGGAGAGAUGUUAUAAAUGAAGGCAGCGGACUUAUUGCGGGUGGUUCGGGAUCAGAUGGCGCGGAGACCCGGCAUGCUGUGCGCGGCUCUGCUGCUCACCUGCGCGCUCAUCCUCGCUGUCACACUCACCUGCAGUCGUGCGAAGAGUGUGGUGGCGCUGGCCCGUCCCCCGGUGCGGUUCUUGUCCCCAUCUGUCCCGGUGGUGGACCUGUUUCUGGGACAGCAGGACCAGGUGGAGAAGUUGAUGGAGGGUUCUGAUGUGAGCGUGCUGUUUUACUACGCUCCGUGGUGCGCUCACUCCAUUGCCGCCAGGGAACACAUCCAGCAGGUGGCGCUGCGUCUCACCAAUCAGGUUCAGUUUGUGGCGGUGAACUGUUGGUGGCAUCAAGGAAAGUGCCGGAAAAAGAAGAACUUCUACCAGUACCCGGUUCUACACGUGUACCACAGGAGGUUUGGUCCUAUUCACUAUAAAGGGCCCUUAUUAGCAGAAUAUAUGGAGAGUUUCAUACGCCAAGUCUCCGCCCCCUUAAUGUACCUGCCCUCUCGCUCCGCCCUCCACACCUUUUUAUCUCACCACGAGCAGGGUGUGGUGGGCUUCUUUGACUUUAACUCAUCCCCACAGCCACCCGGUUAUAUCACCUUCUUCUUCUCUGCACUGCACAUGCUCAGAAAAGAUCCUCAGGGGGUGGUGCGUUUCGGCGUCGUGACCAAUCGGGACGUGGCGGCGGGGAUGUGGGUGACAGAGGAUCAGAGUGUGUAUCUGCACCGCCGCUUCAACACCUCACUGGUAUUCCCCCGUUCUAAGAGGAGCUUCACCCCUGAGAACAUCUGUAACUGGGUGUAUGAGAACAAAGAGAGUGUCAUCACCUGGAUUCAGCUAAUUGGAGAGAAGAGCCAUGCUCUGGAGGCAGAGCUACGUAAAGGACCAGCCCUGCUUGUGUUUCUCCCGCAGAGUCCACUAUCAGCCAGUCAGACGCUGUCUGAGGUAGCAGACGUAGCAUUGCGGUAUCACUCGUGUUUAGCGGACAGCGUCUCCUCCUCUGUCUGGUCGCCGUCAGGUUCUGUCCUGUCUGAGCCGAGGUGCUGCAAGUCCAUGCACGUGUCUGCUAACGCUAAGGUGUGUGAGGUGUGUGUGAGGUCUGCGUGGGAUCUGGAGGCGGCGCUUCACUCGUUCCUGCGCAGCACUUUGCCCAGGGCGUCGUCCGUCUGCAGUAACACACAGCGCAGCUACGGCACGCUCCAUCAUUACACCGCCUGCUGCAGGACCCUCACCCACAGGCUCCACCCCCUGCUGGAGGAGGGCGGGGUCAUGGGCCUUCACUGCCGGACCAAUAAGACGCUGCGCUUUUACACUCUGGACUCGCGACUGGCUUGGCCACUGGCACAGCGACUCGGAGCGGCAGGAAACCACAGCACACACUCGCACACACACACCUUCACCACCAUCGUCAACCUGAGAGACGAGACACACUACGUACUGCAGGACACGGGGAGAGAGGCACUGGAGCAGUUCAUAGUGAACUUCAGUGCCCCCUACAGUCCACUGCACAGACACUUGGUGGGCGUCAAUGAAGCUCCGCCCCCACGCUCCCUCAUCCAGGAAGUGACCACGCAGUCCUUCAGAGACAUAGUAAUGGACGCAGAGAAGGAUGUGUUGUUGUUCUACUAUACGGGAUGGUGUGGGUUCUGUACGGUUCUUAAUCACGUUCUUCUGCGCUUGGCCCGACUUUUCCAGGGAAACAGCACCUUCACGGUGGCCAGGGUGAACGUUGGUCUUAACGACCUGCCGUGGGAGUUCAUGGUGGACCACCUGCCCACCUUCCUGUUCUUCCCCAGACACAGGAAGCACAUGAGUGUGAAGUUUCCAGAGAACACCCGUGUCACUGUCCCCAAUCUAGUCCGCUUCAUCUUCAAUCAUUCUAGCACCUCCCCUCAGGGAAAGGCGGGGCCCAAGGCACUUCUGGAGGUGGAGUUUCGCACCCUGCAGGGGGAGGUGCUGUCUCUGCAGCGUGCCCGUGAGCGGCUGUCACAGCAGCUGGCGGCUCUGUGGAGGGAGAACCGACGCCUGGUGCUCCAGACUCAGGAGAUGCGGUCCCACAAUGCCGAGCUGCAGGAGCAGAGCACCCGGCUCGAGAUGCUGUACCAGGAGAAAAGCCGGCAGCUCACUGAGGCUGUGAAAAGGCUGCAAGAGCUCGCCGAAGCUUCUGAGGACCUGCUCAAGGAGAACUCACUGCUGAAGGUCCUGCUUGCCGUUUUGAGGGAAAAAGGCAGCAGGGGCGGGGCAGGGGGGCGGAGUUGGGAUGAGGAUGGGAUGCAGGAUGUCUCGUGAUGGCUCAGGGAUGAUGACGAUGAUGAUGAGGAGUGAUGACUCUAGGAUCCUCUUCUGGAAGCCGCUGUCGCUCUGUUAGCCACCCUGCAGAGAGCUAGUCACACAUGCUCAGUGUCGGAUAUUAAACAUGUAGGAAAUACUGCCACCUGGUGGAGCAGUCAGAAAUAACGUGUGUAAAGUUCCUGUCACCUUGUGGCUGCUUUGAGAGUCAUAAUAAUGAUUUGAAUGUGUGUUAAUGAAUAGGAACGUGCUGCCAUCUAGUGGCAGAGUUAAACAGUGUGUUAAAGAACUGGAGUUCAAAAUGACGUACAGUUGGUAAGAAAUUAGAAUCUAAAUGAAGUUGCUUCCAUCUAUUGGAGGCGUCAGGAAUUAACCUUCUACUGCAGACGUUCUAUUUUUCUGUUUAUCUCUCUGUCAGUCUUGCUAUACUUUCUAUAUUUGCUUAUAUUCCAUUUCUAAUUUAUUCGACCCUUGACCCCUACACACUGGUGUUUUUCCUUUGUCUCAGGGUAACACUGCAGUAGACGGUUUAAAAGGUUAGGUUCAUCCAUGAUGAUGAUUUAGACAAUGCUGCCAUCUUGCGGCAAAUUUAGGAAUUACAGUAAUGAUUGGAUUUACGCUAGUGUCCACGCUGAUGUAUUCGCCAUGAGAGGAAAUUGUGACCCCCAGUGGCCGCUCUGGGGAUUGCAGUCGAGCUGUUCUGUGUGUGAUGUUAUGAGUGAGCGAAUGAUAAAAUGACAGUGUCUCCUGGAGCCUCAGGUUUUAAUCGCAGCAUCCGUUCAGAUUAAACGACGUGUCCUGUACAGGACAGACGCCACGUUCUCACUCGACCUCCUGAGAAUAUAUUAAUGUUUCUAUAUUUUGUUGAUCUGCUAUUUUUCUUAAAUACAGCACUCUAUUUUUACACAAGUCCUCAGGUCCAUAGAGACACGGUGUCUGUGUAGAGUCGAGGUUGUUGUGCAGGACGAUGUGCUGCGCUGUUUACAGAAGUAUUGUGUAGAUUUUUGUACCAAAUAAAUAAUGAUUCAUUUCUUCA